GAACCUCAUAUCGUCUCGGACAAAGAUGCAGUCAAACGUGCUGCACACGCUCUGCCAAUAACCAGCGAAUAACCAGAAGAAAGAGGACGAGGAGCGGUCAACAGGUGGUUGUUUGCGGGCACACACUUUCCACCGCGCACCGCCAAGAUGCUGUUACCGUCCGCAACGCUGUUACUGCUGGCGGCUCUCUACUCAAGCGUAGACCUGACUGGGGCUGAGGGUUGUGGGUCAUCAUGUGGAAAAUGUGACUGCAGUGGUGUGAAAGGAGCAAAGGGUGAGCGUGGAUUUCCAGGUCUUCAAGGUAAUAUGGGAUUCCCAGGGAUGCAGGGACCUGAAGGGCCUCCAGGGCCAAUGGGCUCCAAGGGAGAUGUUGGUGCACCUGGGGCCCCUGGACUGAAAGGAGUGCGGGGUCCUCCCGGUCUACCAGGCUUCCCAGGAAACCCUGGGCUACCAGGCAUUAAUGGAAACGAUGGCCCACCAGGUUCACCAGGUAUCCCAGGAUGCAAUGGGACUAAAGGAGACAGAGGGAGGGACGGCACUCCCGGCUUUCCUGGUCUUCAAGGACCUCCUGGCAUCCCAGGACUUCCUGGAACAAAGGGUGACCCUGGUGGUGUGAUUGGGAUUAUUCCCCUGAAAGGAGACAAAGGGUUCCCUGGCAUACCUGGAUCUCCUGGACCAAGUGGACCUCCUGGACCCAGUGGACCUCCAGGACCUCGUGGUUAUUCAGGACCCAAAGGAGAUCCUGGUCCCCCUGGUCCUCCCGGAGAGAAGGGUGACAAACUGGCUUUUGUGAGUGAGAAGGGAGAAAAGGGUGAGCGGGGAUUUCGUGGCCCACCUGGCCCUCCUGGACCUCCAUCACAGGAAGCGGAAGGACAUACCACAGUGCAAGUACCUGGACCACCGGGUAGCAGAGGAUUUCCAGGAGACAAAGGAGAUAAAGGCUAUUGCCUCCCGUACCAAACUGAUGUGAAAGGUGAUCCCGGCCCGCCUGGACAAAGAGGUAAACCUGGCAAAGAUGGAGAAGAUGGGCCAAAGGGAGAAAAAGGCUUUCCUGGAACUCCAGGAUAUCCUGGUUCUCAGGGUGAAAAGGGAGAAAGAGGACCACCAGGUUAUGCUAGCGGGGCCCCUGGUCCUCCUGGCCCUCGUGGUCUCCCAGGCUUAAAUGGAGAAAAAGGUUUUCCUGGUCCUCAGGGAGAGGCAGGUCCACCAGGUCGACACAUUGAAGGACCUCGGGGAGAGAGGGGUCAGAAGGGAGACAUGGGUGAGAGAGGAGACAGAGGUUUAGAAGGAGAGUCUCUCAUUGGACCUCCAGGACAACCAGGCAUUCCUGGACCCCCCGGACCACCUGGACUGCCGCCCGACCCUGAUGAAUGUGACAUUGUGAAAGGAGCUCCUGGCCCCCCUGGACCUCCAGGAUUACAAGGAGAAGUGGGACAGAAAGGUGACAAGGGAGAUACGUGUGUUAGCUGUGAAGGUCUCAGCCCACCUGGAUUACCUGGCCCCCAGGGUCUUAAAGGAGAACGAGGACCUCCUGGGCCAGUUGGUAGCAAGGGAGAUAAAGGUCAGUCUGGCUCUCCUGGACAACCUGGAAGAUCUGGUUCUCCAGGUAUUCCUGGGUUGAUGGGAGCCCCUGGUGCUGUUGGGGAGCCAGGGGACAUUUUCAUAGCUCCUGGUCUGAAAGGGGACAUAGGUCUGCCUGGUCUUCCUGGAUCACCAGGGAAGCCAGGGCUGGAUGGACAGCCAGGUAGAGAUGGCAUCGCAGGUAUCCCUGGCCCCAAAGGAGAACCAGCUAAAGAGGGCAUUAAGGGUGAGCGUGGAUCAUCUGGGGACCCUGGUCUUACUGGACCUCCAGGGGAGAGGGGUCCACCUGGUCUACCAGGCUUUGGUCGACCAGGAGAGGCUGGCGAGAAGGGCAGUCAGGGGAGACCAGGAACUCCUGGAGUUCCCGGGCCACCUGGUGCAAAAGGUGAGCCAGGUAAAGGUGUGAGCUCUCCUGGACCUCCCGGAGUACCUGGUGUUCAAGGAGAAACUGGAAGACCUGGACUUCAAGGUGAUACAGGCCAGCCAGGAGAACCAGGGUUGCCAGGUUUCCCUGGACAGAAGGGUGAACAAGGAUCAUCUGGAAUUGGAUUUCCCGGCCCAACUGGUCCUAAAGGAAUCAGUGGAAUUCCAGGAGCGCCAGGAUUACCUGGAGAGCCAGGGAGAUCUGGACAGGAUGGGUUGACUGGACAACCUGGUCCACCUGGACAGAAAGGUGAACCAGGACGGGGUCUUCCAGGCCCAAAAGGUUCACAGGGCAACCCUGGAAUUACUGGCUUCCCGGGAGAGAAGGGUAACAUAGGACCAGCUGGUGUUCCUGGUAGAGAUGGCGAGACAGGAGCACCAGGACCUCAGGGAAUAAAAGGUGACAUGGGACCCCCAGGACCUCCUGGACUGGUUGGCUUACCAGGAGCUCCUGGAAAAGGCUUUCCAGGAGGACCUGGACCACAAGGACCACCUGGAGAGCCUGGACCAUUUGGUAGGGAAGGUGUGAAGGGAGAAAAGGGCUAUCCAGGUCCUCCUGGUCUGGAUAUGCCAGGGCCAAAGGGAGAUAAGGGAGCUUCUGGGUUUCCAGGAUUCCCAGGUAAUAAAGGAUUGCCUGGGCCACCAGGCUUACCUGGCAGGAAUGGACAGAUUGGAAACGAAGGUCCUAAAGGUGAAAUGGGUGUUAUGGGGACACCGGGAGUGCCAGGUUUUCCUGGACCGCCUGGUACACCUGGUUCUCCUGGUCUCAGAGGUGAUCCUGGUGCUUCUGGACCCAGAGGUGAUAUAGGACAGCCUGGACCUAAAGGAGAAAGGGGAGAAACAGGUCUCCAGGGACCUCCUGGGAACAUGAGCGAUGUUGAAAUGGAACAUAUGAAGGGGGAGAAGGGAGACACCGGAGACAGAGGCACGCCUGGAAAGACUGGGCAUACGGGCGUCCGUGGACUUCCUGGAGACCCUGGACUACCAGGCAAAGAUGGAGAGCCUGGAUUACCUGGAAAAUCAGGUGAGAAAGGAGACCGUGGUUUUCCUGGAGAGCCUGGCAGCCUGGGACACCCAGGACAGAAAGGCAGUGUCGGAGAAAUGGGAAUACCAGGUCCGGUUGGUCCAAAAGGUACUAAAGGAGAUAUUGGUACACCGGGACAUCCUGGCUUCAGAGGCACAAAUGGGGAGAAAGGAGAAAAGGGAACAGCGGGUGAGCCAGGCAUUGGGUUCCCAGGACCUCCUGGAGAAAAGGGUGAGAAAGGCCAAGCAGGAUUCCCAGGAUCACAGGGAGAGAAGGGUCUGAGGGGUCAUGAGGGUAUGCCUGGCAAGCCAGGACUGCAAGGAGCCAAGGGCGAAAUAGGAAGCAUUGGAUAUACAGGUCAGCCAGGUAGACCAGGUGAGAAGGGUACCCCUGGGUUGCCAGGGUCUCAAGGAGAACCUGGCAGUGAUGGUCUGCCUGGUGAAGGUGGCUUGCAGGGACCUCCUGGUCCUUCUGGAGAGAAAGGAGAGCCUGGAGUGGAUGGCAUCCCUGGAUCUGCAGGAGAGAGAGGAGACCCAGGUUUACCUGGCCGAGGUUUCCCUGGGCCUCCUGGGGUGCUUGGUAUCAAAGGUGACAAAGGUAGUCCUGGCAUUCCUGGCACUUCAGGUCUUCCAGGUGUUCCUGGUAUCAAAGGCGACAAAGGACUUCAAGGUUUACAGGGACCACAGGGUGAGCCAGGAGAGAGGGGGUUCCCAGGGGUUUCUCUUGAGGGCCCUAAAGGAGACAGGGGUGAAACAGGACAACCUGGAGAAACAGGACCUGGCGGAACACCAGGGCCUGCUGGAGUGCCAGGCAGAAAUGGCCAAAAAGGAGAAAAAGGAGACCAGGGUAAUCCUGGUGUCCAGGGAGAAUACGGACAGAAGGGUGACCCUGGAUUUCCUGGACUUUCUGGACAACCUGGCCUUCCAGGUAUCGAUGGACAGAAGGGAGAGAGAGGAUUGCAAGGUGUCCCUGGCUUCCCGGGUCUAAAGGGUGGUAUUGGAGAAGUUGGAUUCAAAGGAGAAGUGGGAGACCAGGGAUUCCCAGGAGAAAAGGGCAACGAUGGCCCCCCUGGUCCCCCUGGCCCCCACACCUUCAUCAAAGGAGACACUGGGUUCCCUGGGACUCAAGGCUUACCAGGAAUCCAGGGACCACCUGGUCUGCCUGGACAGAAAGGACAGCAAGGUGUGACAGGUAUUCCAGGACCCAAAGGGGGAGAUGGCAUUCCGGGAUAUGACGGUCAGCCUGGCAGUAAAGGAGAGCCUGGCCUCCCAGGGCCACAGGGACCCAGGGGACAUCCUGGCCCCCCAGGACCUGACGGUGUUCCUGGUCAAGUGGGUCCACCUGGCCCCUCCUCCAUGGAUCAUGGGUUCCUGGUAACCCGUCACAGCCAAACAGUGGAGGUUCCACCGUGUCCUGAGGGAACUUCGCUCAUAUAUGAUGGCUAUUCCUUGCUGUAUGUACAGGGCAACGAACGUUCUCACGGACAGGACUUAGGUACGGCGGGCAGCUGUCUCAGGAAGUUCAGCCCUAUGCCCUUCCUGUUCUGUAAUAUCAACAACGUGUGCAACUUUGCCUCCCGUAAUGACUACUCCUACUGGCUCACCUCCCCUGAGCCCAUGCCCAUGAGCAUGGCCCCCAUCACUGGUGAAAGCAUCAAACCCUUUAUCAGCAGGUGUGCUGUGUGUGAAGCCCCAGCCAUGGUGAUAGCAGUACACAGUCAGACCAUCAUGAUCCCACCAUGUCCUCGUGGGUGGGACUCUCUAUGGAUUGGCUACUCCUUUGUCAUGCACACCAGUGCUGGAGCUGAGGGCUCAGGCCAGGCUCUGGCCUCUCCUGGUUCCUGUCUGGAGGAGUUCCGCAGUGCUCCAUUUAUUGAGUGUCACGGCCGUGGAACCUGCAACUACUACGCCAACUCCUACAGCUUUUGGCUUGCCACCAUUGAAGAUAAUGAGAUGUUUACGAAACCUGUCCCAACAACGCUGAAAGCAGGCAGUCUCCGAACACACAUAAGCCGCUGUCAGGUGUGCAUGAAAAGGACAUAAAUCCCAACACCAGAGUCCUCCUUCCUAACCUGCGAGCAAUGCCACAUGCGCUGGCAUCCUCGAUUUGCCUUUACUUCCUGUUUUCAAAGGAUGGUGCUAUUUCCCUGCAUGUGCGAGAAGAGAUCAACAGAGAUGUGGUUUGCAGAACAGCCAGAAAUUGAACAUUACAAACCAGAACACAGAGACCAAGCGACCUUUUGCUCCAUGCAGAACACUUAACUAACAUGCUCACAACGUGUUUCUGAAGAAUUGCACCCAGUUUACCGUUGCACUGACUACAUGCCCCCUAAACUGGUAAACUGGUGUUCAGUUUUAUUUGUGUAAGUCAGGUGCUAUUCUUACUUAUCUGCCUUAUUCCAUUUUGUUUAAAUUUUUUAUUCCCGUUUCCUACCAGCGCCACAGCAUUCAAAGAUAUAGCCACAUAUUAUUAUAGAUUUUCACAGUUUUUAACUUGUUUAAACAUACUAAUGUAAAGGAUGGGACUUACCACUGGUUACAGACGCCUGUCAUUUGCCAAAUCACCAUAAUGUUGCAGACACGGAUAUAUAACAAUCACUGUUGUAAAUAUGAUGCAUUCCUCUCUAACACAGUUCAACAUACUCUCCUCAGGUUAUUACUGAAAUACUUUGUGUGUUAUUUAGUCCAUUUUUUUAUUUAUAAGAUUUAUGAGAAUAUGUUGGACUUGAGUGUAUCCGAGAUUCCAUUGAUCCAAAAACUGUUUCAACACCUGACAAUCACCGCCUUCGUAACAUGCAAAACAGCACUGAAAAAGCAUUGGGUGAUGUGUUUGUGUGCGUGUAUGUGUGAAUGUGUGUGUGUAUGUGUGUGUGAAUGUGUGUUUGUGAAUGUAGAUAUAUGAAUGGACAUGAGCUGCUUGGAAGUGGUGUGUGUUUUGUCAAGUCUCCAUUUGUAUUGUUGCACAGCCACAAAAAGAAACAGACAAAACCAAAACUUUCCCGAUAUAUUUACUCUGUCAGAACAGUGUGUGUAACAGCUAUGUGUUAAAGGAUUUACUCUGCGCCUGAUCCCAAAGAAAUGCACAUGUAUAUAUUUACACAUAACACGUAUUUGCUAUUUUGCUCAUGAACUUGACUCUUGCAGUUUGUGAAUUACAAACAGUUUCUUUCAUAGCUAUCGAGAGAUCCACGGUUUUCUACUGUUACAGCUAUAGCAGUUAGUCAACACUGACUGUAACCUGUUUUUGUUUAUGUGUUGUGAUAAACUGCUCCUUGAAUUAUAUAGAGUAUUAGCAGUGUUUGCCAUGAUAAAACAAACUUGAUUACAGCGGAAAUAAUCACAACUAAUUAACAAACAGAAAACUUCUACAUUUUAUAUUUUCCAGAUCCCAUACUGUGUACUUCCUCCAAUAAAAUUAUUUUUUGAAUAAUCUUA